GUUUACUGGGCUCCCUGUGUUACCAGACCCUGUGUGAGGAACUGUGUGAGUGUUGUCUAGACAGUCGUCGGCAAGAGAUAUUUUCUAUCUUCUUCCAUUGAAGACCUUCCAAAAUGGACGCAGAGAAGGAAAUCAAGACUAUGAAGCUAUAUUCUGAUGUGGAAAGGAUUUAUAAACAGCUUGAGCAGUUGGGCUAUAGCAGAACAGACACCUUAAAACUAGAAGAUGUAAACAAGUUUGAUGAGUAUCACUACCUUGGGACAGAUGCCGUGAUGCAUUGUAUUAAAGAGCUGGGAAUAAACUCUUCACACAAGGUCCUUGACUUUGGAUCGGGUUUAGGAGGUCCUGCUCGCUUUAUUGUGGCCAAAACCAACUGUGAACUACUGGCAGUUGAGUUACAAGCUGAUCUCAAUGAUACAGCAGUGGACUUAACUAAAAGAUGUGGAUUGGAUACAAAACUGAAGCAUCUUUGGGGAGAUAUCUUGAAGCUUGAUAUGGAGUCCGGCUCCUUUGAUUUCCUUGUCAGUUGGCUGGUCAUUCUUCACAUUGAAGACCGCAAGUCUCUCUUUAAUAACUGUGCUAAACUCAUCAAACCAGGAGGAAAAAUGUACACAGAGGAUUUUUACAAACUCAGUGAUUAUGAUGAUAACUUUAGUCGAAUGCUAAAGGAGGAUUUGUUCAUAGCGUACCUGCCUACGAAGGAUGAGUACGUAAAGCAAUUGGAACAAGCUGGAUUCACUGAUAUCCAGUUUGUAGACGUCACAGAAGAAUGGACUACAUUUGUUAGCAAAAGGGUUGAAGAUUUUCACGCCGGCAAGGAGAGUUAUGUCAGUGUUUUUGGUCAAGCGACGUACGAUGGCUUAAACCAUUUCUAUACCGCUGUUGAUAAAUCCUUCAAGUCUAAAGCAGUUGGCGGUUGUAGAAUAAUAGCCACUAAGAAAUAAAUGAUAGAUUUUUUUUGGUAUUUUUGCUGA